CUCGCAGAAUUUCCGCACAGAGAGGGGGAGAAGACGGACUCGUAACUCGUAAACUGCCAUCAGCGAAAUAGCUCUAAACUCUUAAAUGGGGAAGUUGUGGAUCCCAGUGUGUGCGGCACUUCAGAUUAUAUUAGCAGUUUCGGGCUCAAAUAUUUGCACCUCCAGAGGUGUGGGAACCUGCAAAGAAUGUUUGUCCAUAAACCCCACUUGUGCUUGGUGCUCUCAGAAAGACAUCGGCCAGGGCGGCUCCAGCAUUUCCCGCUGUAAUCUUAAGCAAAUACUUCUGCAGUCUGGGUGUCAGGCAGAAUUUAUCGAGUCUCCCUUCAGUAGCAUGACAGUAGAGGAGGAACGUCCACUUAGUAACAAAGCAGGGGGCUCGACCAGUGACAUCACACAGAUUCAUCCCCAGAAAAUCCACCUUACCCUCCGGCCAGAUGACUCAAAGCGCUUUACAGUCACUAUUAGGCAGGUGGCUGAUUACCCAGUUGAUCUCUAUUACCUGAUGGACUUGUCCUAUUCCAUGAAGGACGACCUGCUCAAACUCCAUUCCCUUGGAAAAGACCUGGCUGAAGCUAUGGGUCUUACCACUAGCAACCUGAAAAUGGGGUUUGGGGCAUUUGUGGACAAAACCAUCUCACCUUACAUGUAUAUGUAUCCACCUGAGGCUGUGAAGAACCCCUGCUAUGGUAUUAACAAGGUCUGCCAGGCACAGUUUGGCUAUAAAAACGUGCUGUCACUGACGGACCAGGUGGAUCGAUUUACUGAAGAAGUGAAGAAACAAGAAGUCUCCCGAAACAAAGACUCUCCAGAGGGAGGCCUUGAUGCUGUCUUACAGGCUGCAGUCUGCCAUGAUAAGAUUGGGUGGAGGCGGGACGCGUCCCACCUACUGGUGUUCACAACGGACGCCACAACACACACCGCCCUGGAUGGCCGAAUCGCUGGCAUCGUCCAGCCCAAUGAUGGACAGUGCCACGUAGACGAAGAUAACACCUAUGACAAGACCACUGUGCUGGACUAUCCCUCCAUUGCAAUGCUCACUGACAAGUUGUCUGAAAAUAACAUCAACCUCAUCUUUGCUGUAACUAACGAUGUAAUGCCUCUGUAUCUUAAUUACAGUAAGCUUAUUCCAGGCACCACUGUGGGUAAGCUGUCAUCCGACUCCAGUAAUGUCAUCCAGCUCAUUCUGGAAGCAUAUGCGAAUAUAAGGUCGAAGGCAGAGCUGGAUGUACUGGGGCUUCCGGAAGAGUUAAGUUUGUCGUUCAAUGCCACCUGCCUCAACGGAGAGCUCAUCCCUGGGGUCCGAUCAUGCUCGGGACUCAAGAUCGGAGACACAGUGUCAUUUAGUGUGGAGGUGAAGCUACGCACCUGUCCCAAGGACAAGACACGCACAUUUGUCAUCAAACCCCUCGGCUUCAAAGACACGCUGCAGGUGACGGUUGACUUCGCCUGUGACUGCGCUUGCCAAGGCUCUGCCCAGCCUGCUAGCCCCACCUGCCAAGGCAAUGGAACCCUGGACUGCGGCAUGUGCUUGUGUGAAGCUGGGCGGGUGGGUCCACACUGCGAGUGUACAGAGGGAGAGUACAAGCCCACAGAGGCAAACCACUGCAGCCCCGUCCCCCAGGCACCUGUGUGCAGUGGGCGGGGAGAUUGUGUGUGUGGCCAGUGCAGCUGCCACGCCAGUGACUUUGGGAAGGUAUGGGGGAAGUAUUGCGAGUGCGAUGACUUCAACUGCAUCCGCUCCCGAGGACUGCUCUGCUCCAGCCAUGGCGAGUGUGUGUGCAGCUUCUGUCAGUGCAGCCCUGAAUGGUCUGGUGAGAGCUGUAACUGCUCCACAAGGACAGACACCUGCAUGGCCAGCAUGGGUCUCCUGUGCAGUGGCCGUGGGCAGUGUGUGUGUGGAGUAUGUCAGUGCACACAGCCCGGGGCCUACGGGGCCACCUGUGAGAAGUGCCCAACCUGCCCUGACUCCUGCACCAUCAAAAAGGACUGUGUGGAGUGUAAGCACUAUAAGAGAGGACCACUGUUUGAGAAGAAAAGCUGUAGCACAAUUUGCAGAGAUGAAAUCCAGCUGGUGGAUGAACUGGUCUUUCAUGAGAAGAGUGCAGUGAACUGCACCUAUAAGGACGAGGAUGACUGUGUUCAUCACUUCCAGUACUAUGAAGACAUAAGUGGAAAAUCCAUCCUAUACUAUGUUAAAGAACCAGAGUGUCCAAAGGGUCCUGAUAUCUUGGUAGUGAUGGCCUAUGUCACUGGCUCCAUUCUCUUGCUGGGCUUGGCUGCUCUGCUGAUUUGGAAACUUCUGAUCACCAUUCAUGACCGCCGAGAAUUUGCCAAGUUUGAGGAGGAGAGAGCCAAGGCCAAGUGGGAAGCGGCCAACAACCCAUUAUAUAGAGGAGCUACAACCACCUUUACAAAUGUGACCUACAGUGGCAACUCAUAAAGCGUAAUACCAGCAGUAGCCAUCACUUAGCUCAGGAGUGCCUCUCCAGUCACUUCCAGCUUCUCUGUAAAUGACCUAACACACUCCACCAAUCAAAACUGGUGGCUUCUGGGAAUUGAUGAGGAAGUAGAUGGUUCAGACCUGUGAUUGCUCUGUAAUGCUACACUGUGCUGGUUACAACUGCAACUGCAUGAAUCAUCUGAGCAUGUGGACAUACUUCUUUUAAAUUGAUCUGACUCAGAAAUAUUUUAAGCAGGGUACCCAAUCCUAAAUGGGAGAUCAAAAUCAUUCAGUUAAGAUGUCAUUUUCAUGCAUUUUCACAUCUUCCUUCCCAUCUUGCUGAGACCAUAUAAGAGCUUAUUACCUAGGCUAAUAACAUUAGAAAAUAAUGUUUACAGGCUACAGAUUGAUGUCAUGUGUAGAUAUAACAAAACAUUAAGCAGGGGAAAAUAUUUAUGCCCUUUAGUCUUGGGGUAAUUUGAAUGGUAGAGAAGCCCAGUGGAUGAUGCUUGGGUACAGUGGUCACAUAAACAUCUCCUUUUGAGGUACCUUACUCAUUGGAACUUUGGUUGUCAUAGAUACAACAUUAUGUGGCUGGUCUAGAGUUUUAGUACAUUCCUUUUGUUGCCAUGGAAGCAGUGGUUCACAUUUUGUUGAACCCCACUGGAAAUUUGGAACUUGUGCCAGGGAGUCAGUCAUUCAUGAAAAUUGGAUCCAAUCAAUUGUGUACAUUCACUUUACUUUCACAGACUUAUAUUUAAUGUAAUGGAAACUGGCAAAAUACUUACUGGCAAAGUAUUUUUGUCCCUCGACCAAUGUCAGUGUAAGUUGUGUUUCAAUAAACAGUAAUAAAACUUUGUUGUGAUUGCUA